GACGACAAGGGCUUAUAACAAAAAAAAAGUCAUGACUUUUAACUUGAAAAAUGAGUGGCCAUCUUUAUGUCGUAGCAGAUUGACUGCUCGCGCGAAUUCACACACAGUUGUUGCCUUUUUGCAGGCAGUGAAAGAUUAUUAAUCCUUCUUAAAUAGCACGUUUUAAACUUUUGUGUAACUGUUAGGAGCCAGGUGCCGCUCACUGGUCGGGUGCUGGAGUUGUUGUUUUGGCUGAGAGAAAUCUGCACUUUGGGCUACUCACAUUGACAAACAGACAGCUGCCCUGCAGUGACGCCAUGGAUCGUCCUCCCAGCGCUAGUCAGCUGAUAGCCAGCAAUGUCACAAAUAAGACAGACCCACGGUCGCUGAACUCAAGGGUAUUCAUUGGAAACCUAAACACUAUGUUGGUCACCAAGGCAGAUGUUGAAGCCAUUUUUAGCAAAUACGGCAAGAUUGUUGGCUGCUCUGUGCAUAAGGGCUACGCCUUUGUCCAGUACGUCAACGAGAGGAACGCACGAGCGGCUGUAGCAGGAGAGGACGGCCGGAUGGUCGUUGGACAGGUGCUUGAUAUUAACUUGGCAGGAGAGCCCAAACCUCACAGGUCAAAUACAUCAAAGCGAUCAGCUGGAGAUAUGUACAGUCUCUCCAGCAGUAGUUCUGGUUUUGAGCUUGAUUAUGAUUUCCAGAGAGAGUACUAUGAUAGAAUGUAUUCGUAUCCUUCCCGUGUGCCCCCGCCGCCACCACCUCCUCUGUCACGGGCUGUGAUCCCUUCCAAACGUCCACGGGUCAGCAUGAGCGGGGGAACCAGCCGCCGCACCAAGUCCAGUUUCUCAACUUCUUCCAAGAGCAGCCAGCGGACGCCCUCUCGAGCCCUAAAAGCAGAUGACCUCCAAACUAUUAAGAGAGAGCUUUCUCAAAUCAAACACAAGGUUGACUAUCUGCUGGAGAGUCUGGACAGGAUGGAGAAAGACCACAGCAAGAAAUCCGAGGGGAAGAGUGUGAAGGCAGAAGUGAGUGAGGCUUCCUCCCUGCAGCAUUCCAGCAAGAAAGACAGAGAGAGAGAAGAGCAAGAGAUAAACGAUUCUGAGGAGGAGAGAGAUCUGUUGGAAGAAGAGGAGGAGGUUAAAAGCCAGGGAGGAGAGAAUGAAGAAGAGGAAGAAGAGGAGGAAGAGGGAGAGCAUGUGGAAGGGGAAGAUGAUGGUGACAGCGUUAAUGGCGACGACUCAUAAGCUGUUUUAAACACCAAGGAUACCAGACACACACUCAAAAUUCAGCCCUUUCAGUUCUUUUGAAAGGAUGAAGCCAGUCUUUAAAGGAUUUGUCUAUUAUGAUGUAAAUGCCUGCACUCUUAUAAUAACUGACACUACAAUUACAUCAGGUUCACUGAUGUCAGUUUAUUCUUAAUGUAAGCAUGACAACUUUUCAGGCUUUUGAAGUGUCCGAAA